ACGAAUGUUCGAUACACGAAAUUAUCAGUAACAUUUCUGUACCUAUUCCGAGCGAAAAGAGUGAAAAUGAACCGUUUUGCGAUUAUUUUUGUUGUGGCUUUAGCAAUUAUUGCUUCUAAUGUUCAAGCGGGGGGAGAUAAGAAGAAUUAUGACGAUGCCAUCGGCGAAGUUAAAUGCAAUAAAGGUUUUAGCAAAUUUUACGCAUCACUAAUACGGUAUUGUAUUACAAACGAUGAAACUACACAUGAGUGUCAAAAGACUAAAUACUAUACACUAUCGCUAUCAUAUCUUAAGUCGGCUUGCAACGAAUUCAAAAACUUGUGCACCAAAGAAUUCAAUUCAAAGAAGGCAAAAAAAUCGAAAAGUGAAACUGACGAAGAAAUUGCUUUCAAAACAUUAGACGAAGUUACGACUAGACUUUUUACGGAGUUUGAAAAAACAUUAACUGGAGAAGAUAAUCAACGAGCGAAAUAUGUAUUAAAGGAAAAAUUCACAACUGAUCCACUUAAAUUUUUCUUGGGCCUUUCAAUUCGAAGAAGUGAUCUGGAAGAUGAUAUUCAGGCAAUUGAGAGAACAUUCAAACGUGUAUCCCGUAAAGAGGCACUACUCCGUACAUAUUUACUUGAAGGAAAUGAGCCCGCUGACGUGCCAGAACGUUUCGACGCUAUAUUUGGAACGAUGUCUCGAAUGACUUCACUUGAGAGCAGUGCAUCGUUAGAAUAAACUGUACUUAUAUUGAUAAAAAAAAGAUUUUUUUAAAUAUAAUGAAUGAAACGUAAAAAAUACAUUUGAAACUUUUUUUGACAA